UGUACUCAGUUAAAUCAUCGUACUCAAAAGGUUAUAUUGUACCAUUGUGUACCUCCUGCAGAAGUUAACACGUGUUCCUUCCUCCUGCAGAACCUCCUCCUGAGCCUUGAGGACCGGGACGCCGAGGAGCUGGUCCUAGUGCUGCAGGGGUACUACCGCCUCCUGACCGAGAACCCUCCCGUCACCCACGUCAGGGAUCGCUACGCCCCCGACCAAGCCCCGCCUUAUCACUCCCGGCAUAAGGUUCAAGCCACCAGCUGGAACUACGCUACGACCAAUGAGGAGGAAGAUCCCCGCUCCAUUGACCAAUCAGAGCGCUACGUUGAUCUCAGCUUCGCGCCGCCCUACAAGCCGCCGCCAGAAGGCUAUAAGGUUGUCUUAAUGGCUCCCAAUCCUAAUAGCAACUCCGUGUAUGAAAAUGCCAAUGAGACAAACAGUGGUGCCAGUCCAACCCAACCCAACUACGCCCACCCGACUCACGCCCAUGGUACGCCCGCUCCCUCCAGCCCAGCCUGUCAACCCGCCCCCAGCGACACCAAGAAGGUACACUUUAAUCUGGCGGGGACGCAGGGUCACGGAGGCCCUCCUGACGAGCGUGUGUGUGAGGCCAGGAACGAGGAGGUGAUUAAGCGUGUGGCGGAACUACAGCAGCUGGUGGAGGAUGCUGAGAACUACCUGAGCGAUGCGGACGGCGAGACUACCGAGACGGAGAGCGUUCGAUCGGACCAAUACGGCAGACUCAAACACUCUGACUCACUCCUACUUCUAACCCAGGGUCAGAAGCUAUUGCCAAACGGCGAGGUAGUGGAGAGUGAAGAACGCUCGGGCAGUGACACGGACUCCCAGUCGACACCCACCCAGAGUCCGGCGCAUAAACCCGCUGCCAAGCCUCCGCAACGUCCCUCAUCGGUCCUCAAGCCAAGCGGGUCAUCCUUUGGCCUACACUCCCCAGACAACCUGCCCAUCACCAUGCAGAGUCGUGAAGAUGACAUCAAGGCGCUCAUCAAGCAGCUGGAGGACAACUCUGGUCUGCCCUACGCAUUCGCAGAGGGCACGCUGUAUCUUGACCCAGACAUCAUUGACCUCACCAUGAUCCCGCCCCCCAUCACACCAGACGAGGAUGGUGCCAAGGUCUUCCCUCCCCAAGUCAGCACGCCACCUACACCUUUUGCGGACCGGGAGACACUCGAGAAGGAGUUGAAAGCCCUGGAGCAAGACCUUGGUAAUCUGAGGUCACUCGCCAACCCCAGCUGGUUUGAGCAUGAUUCUCUGGCCAGUUGUUCCGAUUCCACUGUCACAGCAGGAGCAAGUGACACGGAGGACAGCACCUCCCUGAGCAGCCUCAACACCAGCAUCGUCUCCAGUGACUCCGUCUUCUCCCCACUGACCGGAGGAGCGGUAGUCAACAAAAGCUUGGGUGGCAACGGAGGAGUGAGGGGUCCAAGCUUCACCUUGGCCGCCCUACGCCAGCUCGGCAUUCACUUAGAGGAGGGCGAAGAUAUAGAUUCCUUCAUUGCAAACCUUACCAUUCCUCCACCACCUGAAGGAGCUGUGGACCUUCAGACGUGCGCGGAGAACCGUAAGAUGGGGAACGAGUACGACAUCUCUGCGUUUAUUAUCCCGCCGCCUCCAACCUCGGACGAGAAGGACAACAGGUCGUCCGACAUUAUACGGAGACUGUACGAAGCCAAAGAAGGAAUCAGUAGGAUGGUGUGCGAGGACAACAGCGACACGGAGGUCGGGGAGAAGGACCACGACAUCGGCGAGGUGCGCGUCAGCUCGGAGACGAUGGCCAAGCAUGCCAAUCUAGCGGGGAAGGUCGCAUCUCUGCAGAGGCGCUUCGAAGUUCCUCCCAGGACUGCCUACGGCAGUCCGCCUAACUCUAGUGCCUCCGUAGACAAUCGUCAGUUGCUACUGAAGCUUAGCAAAGAAAACUCUCAUUCCCCAAGUGAUUCUUCGGGUUAUGACAGUCUGAGAUCAAAUAAUUCUAAUGUAGGACAUGAACUGGAUGUGAAAUUGGCACAGGCAUUAGAGGAAAAUGAUAAGAUGUUCAAAAGUUUCGACACUCUUAAAAGAAAACAAAUGACGAGUGCCAAAAAUACCAGCGGAAGUCGGGAGAGCGGUAACGAGAGCGGCGACUCCAAGCAGCCGUCGGUCAUGGCCAGAGUACGAACCUUCAGCUCCGGGGGAAACUGGACCACCUCUUCUCUUCAGCGACCGUCGACGCUUCAGCGCCAAAUGACAGUGCCAACCAGUAAGGCAGAGGGAAAAGAGGAGGACUCUCCACCUCCCCCUCCUCCACGAACGCCCAUCACACGAACCGGCACUCUGACUAACCCAAAGAAAUCCAAGCCUUCUCCUCCCUUGUCAAAAAUCCAGAGAAGUAUAUCUAUGAGCACGGGUAACCUCUCCAAGUCCGCCUCUCAAGACGACAUGACGAGUCACGCCAGCUACGACACCAUCCUGAAGUCGCCCACCAAGAGCACCAAAGCCUCGGCCUCCAGCGAAGACGUCAGCCAAGCCAAAGCCUCCCCGGGGUCCCCUUCCAAACAAAGCGUAGCCUCCAGUAACGAUUCUCUCACGUCGUCCUCCAGUAUGGCGACCGUCAAGUCGGCCUCGCUCAAGAGCCUGGACGACGAAGAUCCUCCAGAAUUGCCUCCGAGGAACGGCUCCAAAGCCGCCACGAAACCUCCACUUCCACGAAGCUCAUCACAGGACAAUGUGAAGGCAGGUAUGCAGAACAAAAGCCUUCGUUCACCAUCACCAGCACGUAAGGCAAUAAGGAGUCCCUCGCCAGAUAACUCGGAACGGCCACCCUCGGUGCCUUCCAGACUUCGGAAGCCACAGCUCAGCCCAACUACUACUCCUACGAAUAAUCUGCCAGGCACACACCGUCCGCGUUCUUCGGGCAAAUUAACGGCUCCUUCCGGACCUACCGGCGGUAAGGCUCCCGCGAACAGUCCCACAUCUCCUCGAGGGGGUACUCGCUCCCCCCAAAAGAGUCCCAAAGUCACUCGCAAGGCUGCCGGUGCGGAGGAACCGAAGCCUCGGCUCCCCGCCAAGAAUGGUCAGUCGCCGGCUCGGAGAGUUCCCGCAUCGCCGCCGGCCACCGCCAACGGCAUCAAAAGUCCCGUGCGAACCGCCGACAAAAAUUCCACGGCUUCGAGGCUGCCCAGACCGGAUAAUUCCAGUGUGGCUCUUAAAAACAGCCUGAACCAAGAAGUCGCUCCUCUGCAGACUUCCUCGCCAAAACUCUCUCCCAAAAACAAGACGGUCAACGGCAAGACUCCAAACGGGACGGAUCCGGACGAUUCCCUGGACUCCGGCAGCUUCGAUCAAGAUUCGUUAGAAGAAGCAGAAGACAUCGAAGUGAUGCCUCCGGCGUCUAGAGAUGCCUUCCGCCGUUUUACGGGAGUGGUCGGCCAGUCCCUGAAGUCCUUGACGGAGAUGGCAGCGACCUGCGCAGAAGCUCAGCGUUGCGGCGGCACCGCCACUCAAGACGAGGCAAAGUUCCAGGAGGCCAGAGAGACUCUCACCAGCGAAUCGAGACAGUUCGUAACGGCCUCGAAGUUAUUCGUCAAGUCGGCCACGGAAUCCGAAGACACGUUAUUGCAGUGUCUGUCGACGUGUAUAAAGCUGAUGCAGCGCAUGGUGGACGUGACCCAGCAGGUGGUGCGGCACACGACCACGCCUCUCCAGACUCAGAACGUGGUAGUGAAGGUGAGGGACGUGGCCACCACCUACCAGUCCACCGUCCGGGCGGCGCUGUCCGCGGCGGGCCGCGGGAUGGACCAUCCUUCCAUGAACACCCUCAUGACUCAGGCCACCAACCUGGCCGGCGUACUCACCGCUCUCAUGCGCACGCUCAGAGUGUUCAGCCCGUGAGAUCCCCGACCGGUCGGACGUCGCAGAAUCGUGUGCAUUAUCGUAUUAUUAAGAUCGCUCUCGCAGUAAAGAGUUGCAAAAAUCGCCAUUGACAGUGCAAUGAAUGGAAACUUACAAAAGAGUACUUAAUGUAUUUACACGUUUGUAGAUAUAGAAACAAACCCGACACGCAUAAUGUCAAUCGCCGUAGCCCGACCAGCUUCUGUAAAUAACGAUAGAAAUCUCAGGUAUUAUGAACAGUCAGUGCGGAGGAGAGCGAGAGCACCGGCUCCAGAGUCGAGUGUCCGGUACGAGCGCGGACGAAGCUGGGACAGUCUGAGGGUGACGUAACAGUUAAUAGAGUUGUAUAUUUCAAUACAUUGAUAUAACAUAAUUGUGUAUAACAUAAUGCCUAACUUACCCACAGUCUCGUAUUUGACUAUAAAUUUCCAAGUGGAUGUUUGUAUCUCAAAUAUACUUAAUAUAGCAGUUAUUUCAGUUUUUUUUUAUUAUUAUUCCAAGUUUGUCACUACUUGUAAUUGUUCUCCAGAUUUUUUUUAUUUGUUGCAUUUGUUAUACAGUAUAAUUGCAACUUAUGGUUUGCUUCCAUUUUCCAUUAAUUUGUUCUUUGUCUUGUACAGUUUGAGGCCCCCUCCCCUCCCCCUCUCUUUCUUGGUGUAUAUAACUUCUGUACAGCAACAAAACUUGUCAUGUCAGCCCCAGUUAGGAGUUGUAAUUCAGUGUUUUUUUAGUGUAACUGCUGUAUUUUCUGCUAAAUAUAGUGUUACAUAGUAUA